AUGACUUCUUCUCCCAAGUCGGCUGGCGCCGGCCAAAGCCAUCGUAAGGCUAUGCCCGCUGGCCGUGCCGACCGCCCCCGCCGCCACAGCGCCUCGUCGUCCGAAGAGGACCCACGUGUUAUCGCUGACAGAUACCACGACUACGUCCGCAACGUGGACUUCGUGGUUACUUUCGAACGAUCCCGUAACGUCAGCAAGAUCAUCAAUCAACUCAUCCCUGCCUUACUCGAUCUGAGUGAGAAGAUCGAGUACCUCAACAACGAAUAUCAGGAUGACCUCGAUCAGGUGGAAAAAGACGUGGCUAAGCUCAAGAAGAUGGCCGAUGCCAUCAAGGUGCCCGAGCGUCGCGUGCUCGCCUUCAAAGAUGCUGCCUAUAUCUUAUCAAGCGUUGUCCUGGGGGUCUUGUCUCCUCUGUUCCUCUUCUCCAUGGGCAGAGUAACGGCAGGCAGCGAUUGGCUUAUUGGAUUCAUUUUUGAUUUCCUUUAUGCCAUGGCUCCCAUUGCAGUGCCCAUCGCUUUUCUCUACACUCUUGGCUUCUAUCAACAGUAG